CAAUUUCUUCCAUAAGAUAUCUCAAAAAUCUUGCUCUUCGUUAAACCAGCAAAACAAACAAAAUGUCUUCGAAGAAGAUUGUGUUGACUAGCUCCGAUGAUGAAUGUUUUGAGAUUGACGAAGCGGUGGCUCGUAAGAUGCAGAUGGUAGCGCACAUGAUCGAUGACGAUUGCGCCGAUAAAGCAAUCCGGCUUCAAAACGUCACUGGAAAGAUCCUCGCUAUCAUUAUCGAGUAUUGCAAGAAACACGUUGAUGAUGUUGAAGCCAAGAAUGAGUUCGUGACUUGGGACGCAGAGUUCGUGAAAAACAUUGAUAUGGAUACACUCUUCAAACUCCUUGACGCUGCUGACUAUCUCAUCGUCAUAGGUCUCAAGAAUCUCAUUGCCCAGGCCAUUGCAGAUUACACUGCAGAUAAGACGGUAAAUGAGAUUCGAGAACUCUUUAACAUCGAGAACGAUUACACACCUGAGGAAGAAGAAGAGCUUCGCAAGAAGAACGAAUGGGCUUUCAAUUAAUAACCCUAAAGUUCCGUUGUCUAAGUGUUGAUCUCGAUGUUCUUUAAUCUUUGUUGACCACAUUUGUCUCUUUCGUUUAGUGUGUGAUUGCCUUCGUCUCUUUGAUUUCAUAUGGUGUUAUAAUGUUUAAUAAUCUUUUCUUAUAAAUACAUGUGUUAUCU